GUGAUUCUCGAGAAUCCAGGGGUCUAGACGCAAUUUUCCUAACAGACUAUUCAAACGAAAUACUACCACUUCACUCUGCAAACAAAAACAAUUGAGCUCUGGCUGCUUCAAAACCCAAAAACAAAAGGAAUGGGAGGAGUAACGUCGUCAAUGGCAGCAAAGCUGGCCUUCUUCCCUCCCAACCCACCGACGUACAACCUUUUAACGGACUCUACAACAGGACUAACGACGUUAAGCCUGUUCCCUCACAGAGAAAACGUGGAGAUAAUGAAGCUGAGCACGAGACGGGGGACCGAGAUCGUUGCUGUUUACGUGAGGAAUCCAAUGGCGUCGACCACUGUGGUCUAUUCUCAUGGCAACGCUGCUGAUCUUGGCCAGAUGUAUGAGCUCUUUAUUCAGCUCAGCAUCCAUCUCAGAGUCAACAUCAUGGGAUAUGAUUACUCUGGUUAUGGCCAAUCCUCUGGAAAGCCAAGUGAACAUAAUACAUAUGCUGAUAUUGAGGCUGCUUAUAAGUGCCUCGAAGAAAAAUACGGAGCAAAAGAGGAAGACAUCAUUCUCUAUGGUCAAUCUGUUGGAAGUGGACCAACUUUAGAUCUGGCUACAAGGCUACCUCGGUUACGAGCAAUUGUAUUGCAUAGUCCAAUACUUUCAGGAUUAAGGGUGAUGUAUCCUGUGAAGCACACAUACUGGUUUGAUAUCUAUAAGAACAUCGACAAAAUUCCUUUGGUCAGUUGUCCUGUCCUAGUAAUACAUGGCACAUCGGAUGACGUUGUGGACUGCUCUCACGGCAAACAACUCUGGAGUCUCUGCAAGGAAAAAUAUGAACCGUUGUGGCUCAAAGGAGGAAACCACUGUAAUCUGGAAGUAUUCCCUGAAUACAUUCGACAUCUCAAGAAGUUCAUAUCUGCAGUGGAGAAAUCACCUGCUCAGAGGAACCUUUGGAGGAGGAAUGCAGACCGGGUAGAACCUUCUAGAAGGAGCACCGACUGUUUCGAAGCUUCUAGAAGGAGCACUGAUCGGAGAGAGAAACCUCGGCCAAGUGCAGAUAGUAGUAAGAUUAUCAGAGGUAAUGAUUUUAGAGUGUUUAAUGCAUUGAGGCUGGAGAAGCUGAAAAUGCCAUUGGAGAGAGGGAGGAAGAGUAUUGAUCGGUUGGAUAGAAUUAGAGCUAGAUAAAGGUUUAUUUUCGGUGUAAAAAAAUAUGAGAUUGGUUAUGCUGGUUAGUGGGAAAACAAAGAAUGCAUAGUUGUCGUUGCAAAUUUGUUAUUUGUUUCAGUUAAGUUUGGACCAUUUUGGCAGACUAAAUGAGAAUUUGCAUAUUAAUGUUGACGAAGUUGUUUCUA